CUGCUCCUCGAAUAAUUAUAUCAGUAACCAAUGCAAAUCCCAUUUGUUCAUUAUCUUUCUCUCUAUCAACUACCACUGCUACCACUGCUACCACUGCUACCACUGCCACCACUGCCACCACUGCCACCACUGUGUUGCUCUAGCCUCUACUUAUAGAGUCUUACCUGUUUGUCUCUCACCAGUCAUCUUAUUUUAUUGUCUUCGAGAAGAACUUCAAGAUAACUUCAAGGUAACAACUAGCCGCCAUGGCUCUCAAUUAUAAAGAAUCAAGAUUGGUCAAGGAUACACUACCAUCCCUACGCCAACAUGGUGAACACAUUGCGACUGUCUUCUAUAAGACCAUGUUACGCGACCAUCCCGAACUACACAAUUACUUCAAUACCGUGAAUAUGCAUACAGGAAAGCAGCCGCGCGCCCUGACGACACUUAUUCUAGCAUUUGCUUCCAAUAUUGUCAACAUUAGCGAGCUAACACCGAAGCUGGAACGUGUGGCACACAAGCACGCCUCGCUGAAUAUCCAGCCCGAACAAUAUGAGAUUGUCGGCAAGUAUCUAUUGCGCGCGUUUUCCGCCGUCCUCGGUCCUGCCAUGACCCCUGACGUGAAGCUGGCGUGGACAAAAGCUUACUGGGUUAUGGCAAAGAUGCUAACGGGCCGAGAAGCUCACAUUUACCGCGAAUUUGAGGACUGGAAGGGCUGGCGGAAGUUUACGAUAUCCAACAAGAAGAAUGAGACUGUAGAGGGAAACAUCGUCUCCUUCAUUUUGAAGCCACUUGAUGGAAAACCCUUACCAUCCUUCAUGCCCGGCCAGUACAUCACCUUGAGAAUCACAGUGCCCGGCAUGAAGUUUGCCCAGCGCAGACAGUAUUCGCUGAGCGAUGCGCCUAGCUAUGACCACUAUCAGAUUACCGUCAAGCGAGACCAGGGGUCAAAUUGGGAUUACGCUAAACCUGAUGAUAUCAUGACAAUUUCCUCAGCUGCCAGCAGCGCGUCAGAUAGUAGUAUUGGUAGCGUGCAGCCAUGCAGGCCUGGUGUCGUCUCCAACUCGCUUAUCGACGAGUUCAGUGUAGGAGACACCAUUGAGUUAACACAUCCGUCAGGCUCUUUCUUCCUUGAUACCAAAAUGGACACUUCGAUGCCGCUCGUCCUCAUUUCCGCCGGAGUCUGUGUAGCCCCACUGCUCUCGAUGCUGAAUACUGUUGUAGAAAAGCGAAUCAACAGGCCAGUGUCUUGGAUCCAGGCAUCACGACAUGAUGCCCCCUUCCAAGCGCAUGUCGAUAAUCUGGCUAAGAGGCACCCGAAUAUAAGGACAAAGUUCUUCAAGUCGAGGCUGUCGGAUAGUGAUGUGUUGUCGUAUACUUCGACCUUCGACAACGAUUUCCUAUCCCUCACAUCCGAGGACUUGUAUCUAAGCAAUGGCUCGGCUGAGUACUACAUAUGCGGCCCCGAGAAAUUCAUGAUGCAGGCGUCCGAACACUUACACAAGUAUGGUGUAAAACCAGAAAGGGUGCAGUUUGAGAUCUUCUCGGUAGGAACUUUCGAGAUGAGAAUGGAUGACUGAUUGGAGGACGGUACUAGUCGAUACGACCGAGGUCGUCUCGAAUAGCCAUCUAUAGCGCCAUUUAUCACGACGCUUCGUGGCCGAUCUAUUCUCUCUAGGUUAUCUUCGAGAAGCCUAUUGAGCAUUAGCCACAUGUCAAAUCCUAACGCAUAGUGCGUAGCCGAGCGAAACGCGCGCAGCUAUAUUUUCGCCUGGUUCGUUGAGCUCCGAGGAGCCUUACUGGAGUCUGCUUAAUUAGCCAUUGGCCCAUGGUAGCCAUGGAAUAGGAGCCGCCCGUCGUAAAGAAAGAGGGAAUAGCCGAGCCGAUCCUUUCUUCUAAGAGGAGUAAUACUAAGGUUUCGGCCGAGGUGAUUUGGAGUAUGGCGUUCAGUUUGCUACCUUAAGCAACCAAAACCCCAAUCAUUCAUUCACAGCUAUGGAUUAUCGCACCAAAAAAAGAUUCCAUAGAAGAUGUAUGUACGAUAGGAAGCACGAGUCAUGUCUUAGAUUAUUAGAGCUUACGUACCUAACCUUACGGUCUGAUUAAGAAUAUAAAUGAUU